AUCAACUUCGACUCAAUAAGUUGUCUUGACUUCAUUCUCAUCAUCGUUCAAACAUAUUUACCAUCCCUUUGAACUAUACAUAUCUCUUGCUCUCCAUCUACGAUAUCGUAUCCUUUUCAUUCACAUCUUCUUCGUACCUCUUUCAUUCUACGAAUCAACCUAAAGUCAAAGUUAAGAAACCAAAACCACAAGACAAGAUGAACCAAGCUGAUUCGACCACGAUCUCAAUUCCACCACCACCAAUGAUCAAUUCUGAACAUCAACUAGAGGACCAAGAACCUAAGUUUCCACCAACAGCCUAUGUUCUCAAUCAAACCAAUUAUAUCAAACCUAGCUCUACAAAUCAUGAUUUAGAUCUCGAACGACAAGAUCAAUCAGAUGAACCGAAGCAAGAUCGAUUGAUGCGUUUACGUGGUGGUUGCUGUUGUGAUUGUCUAUAUGACUUGAUUCGUUGUUUGUUAUGUUGUUGCAUCUUUGAAGCUAUUUGUGAUAUGUGCUGUUGAUCUGGGAAGAUAUCAUGAAAAAAUUGGAAUAGGUCAACAUACACGAAGACCUUCAAUUGAUGUCAUUACCCUUUACUCUUUUCAUUCUUCAAACAUCUUAUUAUCUCACUUCAAAUCACCCUAUCUGAAUGUAUAAACUCGUUGUCUCUCUACUGUUACGAAAUUUACUUUUUUCUUUCGCGGUUUUUUUUGGUUUUAAGAUUUAGGUAAACGAACUUGGUAAAUUACAUGAUGAGAUUGAAUGACUUUUUAAACCUUUUUAGCAACUUUCUUCAAUUGUUUUCUUAGACUUUCAUCGUUUCUGUUUUUUUAGGUUAGGGAUAUUUGAUGAGUAAAUUGACUUUGUACUUGUAGGAUACAAUAUAUCAGUAGCCACUACAUGGUUUUUACAUCAUCUUUUUACGAUUCAACCUUUCCUUUUUUUGCAAACACAGACACGUUCUAU